GUGAGUUCACGGAGUAGUACAGAACUUAUUGUAGCCGCGCGAUAUCGCGAGACUUGUGCCAUUAUCAACCUGCUUGACACACAGCAGCGCUGAGUGCAGCCUGCCUUGCCAGGGUCGGACUGAAGCUCAAGAAACGACAAGGAGAAGCGAACAUCUGGCCGCACAUCAUGAAAGGACGUGGGAGCUUCUAGGAAAGAACACGACGAACCGGGCAGAAAUAAAUGUUAUGAAGGAAGAAUGGAGUUCCCAGACCAUAGCCGCCAGUUGCUGCAGUGUCUGAGUCAGCAGCGUCACCAAGGUUUCCUCUGUGACUGCACUGUUCUUGUCGGGGAGGCUCGAUUCAAAGCGCACAGAGCCGUGCUGGCCUCCUGCAGCAUGUACUUCCAUCUCUUCUACAGGGACCAGCUGGACAAAAGGGACGUUGUGCAUCUCAACAGUGACAUUGUGACAGCCCCGGCUUUCAGUCUGCUCCUUGAAUUUAUGUAUGAGGGGAAGUUGGAAUUCAGCUCUCUCCCGGUGGAGGAUGUCCUGGCAGCAGCCAGUUACCUCCACAUGUAUGAUAUAGUGAAAGUGUGUAAAGGCAAGCUUAAAGAUAAGGAACUCUCCUCUCUGGAUGAAAAGAUAAGUGAGGGUUUGGGACUCGGCUGUCUGGACAGGGAAAAUUCCUCCGAAGGCGAGCUGCACAGUAAGCAGCUCAUCCGGCGACAGGCCCAGACACAGUCUCAGGGGCUUCACAGAGCCCCCCCGGCAGACGAGUUUGACAUGGACAACAGCGAAGUCAGGCUGGCUGUCACAGAUUGUGAUAGGUCUGCAUGGAGCAGGCAGAAGGCAAACGGUCACUCUGGCAGGUCCCCGGACCUUGUAGGUGUCAAUUAUUUGUCAGCAGAGGCCGAGCCCUGCGUCCAAACAGCUGGAAAAACAAAAGCUGAUGUCAGUAGUUCCACCGUAUCGCUGUCCCAGAGGUCCCGGGCUUCAGAUGACAUGGACUGUGCACUGGAUUUGUCUUUCAAGCCUCUGUCUAGCAGAGAUCCCUUACACCCCUCCUACAUCUCGGGACAGCUGGCCCUCGACAGCCAGCAGCAGGGCACUGAGCCACUUGUUAAAGACGAACACGACUUGCUGUCAGAGCAGGAGGACAGUGAGCCGAUGAGCCCUGAGAGCCAGCGCUUUGGGAAUAGUGCCAGGAGCUCAGUGGUGACAGGGUUCGCUGCCCUCUUCCCAGGCAACAACGGCUCCACAGCCGCCCUGCUCUCCCAGGAGGAGGACCUGAUGGACGAGGAGGGGGAGGCCUGCAGAGGGAGGGAGGGCGCCCCAGGCAGGGAGGUAGAGGAGAGGAGGGGUAGGCUGCUGGGGGACAGCGAGGAGGAGGAGGAGGACGACUUGGCCUCUUCAGACAUCUCCACCUCCAGCGGGGUGCUCCUGCCCCCGGGGCAACAGGUGUGCGUGUGCCCCCUCUGCAGUAAAGUCUUCCCCAGCCCCCAUGUGCUGCAACUGCACCUCAGCUCCCACUUCCGUGAGAAGGACGGCGCUCGCUCCAAGUUGUCCCCCGACGGCUCGGUCCCCACCUGCAUGCAGUGCAACAAGACCUUCUCUUGCAUGUACACCCUCAAGCGUCACGAGCGCACACACUCCGGCGAGAAGCCGUACACCUGUGGCCAGUGUGGCAAGAGCUUCCAGUACUCCCAUAACUUGAGUCGGCACGCUGUAGUCCACACACGCGAGAAGCCUCACGCUUGUAAGUGGUGCGAACGGCGCUUCACCCAGUCUGGGGACCUCUACCGCCACAUCAGGAAGUUUCACUGUGGCCUUGUCAAGACUCUCGCCAUUGGAUAAAAGACCUCUCACCAGUGCCAUGACACAAGACCAAAUGUCGUUUCAUACACUGAAAACUACUACUGAACACUUUCCCCAUUAGUACACACACGUUGGCAGGUUGUUGGAGAUGUUUUUGGAUUCUACCCCAUGUGGCAUUUCUCAAGUUAAAGAUGUAGCAAUGUUAAAAACUGGAGCUGUUUUCUGUGUCACAGGCAUACAUGAUGGUCAGAAGCAGACAGUUGAAGGUGCACAGGCUGUUAGGAUAAACAUGGGUGCUGUGAAACCCAAGCUGGAUCUGUGUGGACGAAGGUGAACAAAUCAGAUGAUGCACUUGUUUGUUUCUCUUUUGUUUGUGUCAAUCUGUUGAGUUAAUUUAAGGAGUAUAUUUGCUGAAAGAAAAAGCAUCCUAUGUUCGUACCCUAUGGGCAAAUGGGUGAUAGCUAAUGCUAACACAUGUUAAUACAAUCGUCAGAGUGAGUGAGACUUUUAUUUGUGCACAUGGGAGAUCAGAACCGUCCGCAAGUAGCAAUAUAUGAUUUUAAACUCUUAUUAUUAUUAUUAUUAUUAUUAUUAUUAUUAUUAUUAUUAUUAUUUUAUUUAUUUUUUGGGAUUUGUUUAGUCCUUAACAAAGUAAACUACUAUAAGGCAGCAAAACUAAUGAAGUUUGACUACUGGAAGUAUAACUAUUUUUAUCAUGGAAGUAGAAUUUUUGUUUGGUUGAAAUGAAGUUGGUUAGUUUUAUGUUGUUUAUAACAAGAGGCAAGCAGACCAUCAUAUCACCAUAUUUCCUUUCUUUUUUUGUUGCCUUGGGGUGAGAUACCAGCUCUUUAGUUGCUAAUGUAUGCGAGCACAUAUCAAUGGAACGGCCUUCUAAUUUGCUACUUAAAAAUAAGUUGUAUAAUCAGAGGAAGGAUGGAGAGUAGUCAAAAGCUAAUGCCUGUAACACUGGUGCCUACUAAAAUGCUUAUCACUUCACCUAGUGUACUUACUUAGACAAGAAUGAGAUAUAUCACUAUGCCUUCUUGUAAAGUUCUGUGAGUUUUCAGGCCUUUAAAAAAAAAAAAGAAGAAAAAAAAUCUGGAGUACACUCCACAUACCAGGCGGUAACAAAGGUAAUUGUCUACUCUGGAAUGCCAAUUGAUCCAUGUGCAACCUUAGUUAAAUCAUUUACAAGAAUGUAAUAAAAGUGCGUAAAUCAAGCUCUCGUCAAUUAAAUAGUUAUUGACUUGUUUGGGUUAAAAGAAAAAUGGUUGCCAGUAAAUGACCUUGUUAUUUCGUGGUAUGGCGUAAAGGGUACACUGACACGGUGUUUAGGGCAAACCCUCAGCAGGCAGGCAGGGAGGGAGGGAGGGAGACAGGUGGAUAGUACUUUGUUGGUGUCAUCAAAGCUGCGCUCCAAGUGCCAUUCAGCUCAAUCUACUGACUUUUCGUUCUUUGAAUUAAUCUUUUCACAUCAUAAUAUCUUCUUACUGUACGUGUGUACGUUACUACUGAUGAAGCUGGAGCCUUUAGAGAUGCUUCUCCUUGAAAGAAUCUUUGGGCAGGAAAUGGAUUUCUUCUGUCUGUCUGUUCACAUAGAUGCUAUCUGGAUUCUUAGCAGGGGGCGCAUUUGUCUAAUCUGUCCUGAGAAGACUUGACCAGAAUUUAUUUAUUAGUUUGACUUGGUUCAGGGUUUACUGUAGGUGUACUUCUUAUUUCUAUAAGCUUGAAAGACGCCGCGUCUUGCCUAGCGAUCUUGGUACUCAUUAACUGGUAUUAGGGCUGUCUGUUCGUUUUCUCUGUGCAAAUCCAGUUCAUGUAAUGGUAUUUUAAUAUACCGUCUAGAAAUCUCUGCUGGGUGUUCAAGAUUUGUCACAUGGAACAUAGAGAAGCACUUGUUUUAAGCAUGCAUAUAGUUUCAACACUAUUGUCUAGGCUGCUAUUUCUUACUAUAUGUAUAUUUAAUGUAAAUAUAUAUUCUAUUUAUCAAACUGUUUUUGUUGUUCCGUGUUACAACAUGUGUAAGGUGGAGAGAGUCAGGUGUCUUAUCAAGACUGCAGUCUCUUAAAAGUGUCACGUCUUCCCCAAGGAGUUUGGUUCCUUCCCCUAGGAAACAGUUGUUCACAAGCACAGCCACACUGAUACGGCACUGGCUACCUAUAGAAAGGAGACAAUACAGGCAUUGUGUCCCCCCCGGCCCCCCCACCACCAAAUCCCAGGUAAUUCUUAAGGGAUCAUUGUGUAUCUCUGUGCUAGCUGUGGGGAGAAAAGGCAGCGUAAGUCUCUCUUUGCACUUUUCUGUAUUGAAUGGAGCCAUUGGAAUGUGAGAAAUGUAUUUAGCAGAGGGAGACCAAGGACACUGUAAACAGGUGUAUUGUUUUGGAGGCAUCAAAGAACAGCCCCCCCCCCCAUCCCAGCAUGCAGUAGAUAAACGCUUCAUUGUUCAUCUACAUGGAGGAUAUACCACAGUAAUUUGAUUGCACAUCCAUCAGGAGCAUAUCAGAAUUAUCAGAGAAUUGUUUUCCAAGUGCUAGAUUUAAAAACACUAAAAAAUAUGUCUGGCAACUGUAACAAUACAUGUCAAAUGUAAGUGCUGACUACCUAUCCAUUUCAGUAUAGCCUACCCUAAGGUGUUUUUUUUAAUUUUUUUUUAUGUUAAUCAUCAAGACUUCUUUCAGGACGAGUCAAAAGCAUUUUCUCUGAGAAUUACCGCAAUCUGUUUUCAUUCUACUCCCUGACCUGCAGUCAGCGAUGGGGCUUGAAUGUACAAGGCUUGUGCGUUACUUUACAAGAAAUGUGAUCUGGCUGUUGCACUAACACUCGUGCCGUUCGCAUACCCUGAGAGUUUAAUCACUUCAGUAAGAACAAUACAUGUCAGAUACAUAGCUGUUGUGUAGUGUUAAUAAUGUCUAUUUCAAUCAGAACACAGGAAUGUAGAUUUUGUCACUGUUUUAGUUUUUUUAAAGGAACGUUUCUUAUAUGGUGCAAGUUAAAUUGCUUGAUUCUUUAAUGUACAUGUGUACAGAGGUAGAAAAACUAACGAUAUGUGAAGAAUUUCUUUUCUUUUUAUUGUUUGCCGUCUUUAUUUAUACCUCCAGAAUGAUCACCAAAUGUGCCUUGUAGACACGACUAGGUGUUGCAUCUGGAGAAGCCCUUUUUCUAUAUUGUACAUGUUUGCCCUUGUCUGCGGCGGUAAAGUUCACAUCACAGCAACAAAAACCCAUUGAAGUGAUUAACAAGUGUUGUUCCUGUUUUUUUUUCUAUCAUGUCAAAAAUCUGAGUAACGAAGUUUUCAAGUCCAUUUCUUUUUUUGCUGCUUUGCAAGAGAUUACAUUUGAGAUUUAUUUGACCAUUUUUGUGAAUAAAUCUGUUUGUGUUGAACUGAAGACAUGCAUUUUUGUGAUUUGGCUUUUAGUAGCCAAUACUACUGGGAACUAACAGUCUGUUUAUUUAGUUAAUGUCACUGUUGAAUGUGAAACACUUGAGAUUUUGACUGUUGACUUGUAUGGAAACGGCGCUACUCUUGAUCGAGGGCUACGUAUGUUUGCCUAACUCAUGCUGUAUGAUCUUUAAGUCAAAAAAAAAAAAAAUUACUUUACCAAUACUGGAAUUUUGUCCUCUGCAGGUUACAACUGUGAAAUUGUGUAUAAUCAUGAGAAAUAUUUAUUAUUGCAUUUGCUUCUUGUGCAACGUUUGACUGUCUCAGUUCUAAUUUGGUAAAGGAAAAAAAGCUUCUAAAUGUCAAACAAAAGUCUUUUUAAUAGAAUUUGUAGAAGUGCCAUUAGAAUUUAAUAUAAUUUUUUAAUAAAGGUAUAUUUUAUAGUAAUCAAUUGCUUCAGUGUUAGUGGUGUAGAGAUUAGAGGACAAUCUUUAUGCAGAAUUGACAUUGCUUAGAUACUGAGGCAAUUUACUCUUGAUCUAUAACUGUAUGUGCAUUUUCUUUGUUUGCGCUUUUGGAGUGUGCUUGUGUGCGUGUGCUGUGGAAAUGUGACAAUCUUGAUUUAGAUCUUUCUUAAGAUUAUGCAUAGAAUUAAAUGGAACAACUUUC